CCUUAAUACGGACGAUAUCUCUGAGAAGAAGCACUUCUUCAGUGAUGGCCUUUUGCGCUCAAUCAAAGCUCAGCAAUCUGAAUUUAUGGAUCAAAACAUCCGUAGGAAGCAGCAGUACUGAUAAUGUAGGAGGCCAUCAUGACUCACUUAGAAGAAGAGCACCAAAAAGCCGUGCCAAAAGUAGGAUGAUGGUUAAAAUGACAGCAUCAACUAGCGGAAGCAGUGGCCAGGGGUCAUCGACGGUGGCAUUUGAGGAGGGACAGCUGGAAAGGCCGCGGUGGACCGGUGAAACGCCGCUUUCUCGGCUUGUUGGAGCCCUCAUUUCCUUCAGACCUCUCUUCUCUAUCAUGAAAUUUGGCGCAAGACAAGUUCUCAUAAGUACAGCUGAGAAGACAAAUAUUCCAUGGAGGGAAAUGACUAGACAGAUACUGGAAUCAGAUGUAUACAAAGAAAUGGACAGUAUUGAGGAUCCCUCUCUUGUUUACCCUGAUUAUUAUCUCAAUCCCUUCCAUGCAUAUGAUGAGGGCAAUCUUUCCUGGCUGGCUGCUGCUGAGGCAGAGGCUGCAACUAUGUCGAUGAUGAGACGGGCAAUACCAUAUGCUUCUUCAUUGGAUGAAGCUAAUCAAGUAGUUCGUGGAAAUUGGCUGAAUGCAAUUGAAGAACAUCAUCAGAAAUAUUCAGAAGACAAUAUUGUCAGAGAAAUUCUUGAUAUCGGAUGUUCAGUUGGUGUCAGCACAAGAUGCCUUUCUGAUAAAUUUCCCAAUGCUAGAGUGACUGGCCUGGAUCUGUCACCAUAUUUUCUUGCUGUUGCUCAAUAUAAAGAAAAGAAAAGCAACCCAAGAAUGAAUCCUAUCUGUUGGGUCCAUGCUAAUGGUGAAAGUACAGGCUUACCUUCCAAAUCAUUUGACAUUCUUUCCAUUGCUUAUGUGUUCCAUGAAUGCCCUGAAAGAGCGAUAAAAAAUAUGGUGAGAGAAGCCCUUCGACUGCUUCGACCUGGAGGAACUUUUGCAAUCACAGACAACUCGCCAAAAUCAAAGAUUCUUCAGGCAAGUUCUCUUCUCCUAUUCCUUUUCUCUGCCUACAGUUUGUGCGCUGGGGCAAACUAAUAGCACUACAUGUUCAAAAUUUCUGCACAUGUUGAAAUAGGAAACAACAUUGUAAUAUAUGCAAUACAGAUAUAUAAUACAGAGCAACACCUUGGAUU